GUGUUCUGCAACAGGAAUUAGUCUUGGUCAAAGACAAGAACCAACCACCACUGAUUUGGCUUCUCAGAGUCUUAAAAGUUCACCCCGGAGGAGACAACAUCAACCGUGUAGCAGCAAUCUUAACCAAGAAAGGAGUCACCCAGAGGUCCGACAACAACAUAUGUCCACUCUUGGUCUCCAAAGCAUCAUCUUUAGUAAAAUACUUCAACCCGGGCGGCAUGUUACGGCAACAC